UCAAAUAUUAUAAUAAGAUAGGUAAUGUCCAAAAUCCACAACUUCUCAUAGCAGGAUAUAAAACCCCAAGAAACGUUUUAAAUUUAGAACUUCUUGGUUAAAAAAAUAGAAUUAUCCAUAAAGAAAUAUACCUGAAUGGGAAUUUGGUUGCAAAUAAAUAUUAAGCUUAUUUUCCGGUGUUUAAAUUCCGAAUUUUUAGAGAUUAAAUUAUCUCCCUUUGUGGAACUCUCGUGUAAAGAAGAUAAAGAAGAAUGAUUGGAGAAAGCAGAUGUCAACAAGAUGGAUGGUUUGAAAUGUAGUUUUGGUGAACAUUGUAAAGAGAAAGCAGAUUAUAUACUUCAAGACUGUAAGAAAGAGACUUCAGCACACUUGAGAUUUUUUAAAUGUACCUCUGAGUCAGAUUUUGCACACAUACCAGAACCAUUGUUAAUUCUUAACCGUGCUGGUGUGCAUGGGCUGAGGCUGUCAAAGUUCAGCGGACGUAUAUGUGCUAAACACAGGCAAGAAUUUGGGAUUCAAUGGAAAAGAAAAAGGAGAACAUGCUGUCAUCCACUACAUGACAAAUCUCAAUCUGGCACAGUCGCGAGGGGUAUUACAUUCAUUCAAAGCCGAGAGAUAUGGAUGAAGCUGAGCACACAUGUUCCCACUGGUUCUGGUGUUUGCAGAAGAUGUAUUGAGAAGCAUAAACACUGUUUCAAGAAUAAUGCAGAUAUGAAGGAGGAGUUGAAAGAAAUAUGCUGUUUAUUAGAGAGAACUACAGAUUCUGAAGCAAUGGAUGCUGAUGGAUCUUUUUCUCACCCAAGAGAGGACCAAGAGAAUGAAAGGCAACUGUUUGUGCCUGAAGACAGUAUGGAAAUAUCAGACACGGAUAGAAGAAUUGAUGCUCCAGAAAUUACCAAAAGCGAUAGUGCACCAUGCUCUCAGACAACAGAUUCGGAUUUUGAUCUUCUGUCAUCUCAGAAAACUGUGGGGUCUGAUUGGUCCAAAGAUGAAAGAUCACAGCGUGAAAUCUUUAAUGAAGCUAUGGAAUUAAUGUCAGAUGGAAAGUACUCCCCUUUAAAAUCACAGCCAUCAAUGAAUCUUGAUCAACUUCAGUAUUCAACGAGAAUGUACUACAUACGUCAAGCUCGUACUGCCUUCCAAUAUGUUUGUGAAAGCAUUGCACCAUCCCAGGGCUCCCUCUUGAUGAAGGAUGUCUUGGAAAGCAUAAAACCUAAAGAUCAGGAACCCAGACCUAAAGAUCCCCUCACAGAGACUGUUGUAGAAGCUUACCGAAAAGCUGAAGAUUACACAACUAAGAUACAGAUUUUGUCCAUAAUUGUGGGAAUGUACACUAAGUCAGAGCUUCAGACUUUUAUUGAAGGAUUGACCAUCUACAAAAUUGAUGCUGCAAGAAAGUACGCUUCAACACAUGGACCUGGACAGUAUGUAGCUCCACCAAAAAUAUCCCGACUGCGCCUUUCAAAGGAGAAAAUUCAUCACUUUAUUGAAUUCAUUUCUGCUCCGUGUUAUCUUCAAGUUGUUGGAUUUGGAUCAAAAAACUUGAAAUUAUCCUCAGGCCUUACAGUGAAAGUUCCAAAGAUGAUUAGAACAAUGAUUGCUUCUCGGAUUAUUACAGCAUAUGAAAACUACUGCAAGGAGAAUUCUCUAAUUUCUCCAUCCAGGGCAACUCUUUACAAAAUUAUCAAGGCAUGUGCAGCCUCUCAGCUUCAAUCUCUUCAUGCUGCAUCUAAAGAGUGGGUUUAG